UCACAGUUCGCUUAGAGCCGAUAUCUUAUUGGUUAGUUCUAAUAGAAUUCUUCAAUAGUAUAACGUAUCUAAGAGAAGUGUGUCAAACGAUUAAUCGACAAUCGUUAUGAUUAAUCCAACAAUCACCAACAAUCAGUCAAUAAACGAAUAGUAAAAAAAGAAGGUGAAAAGUUAAUAAUGGCUAAUUCGACGGAAGUGACUAUGAUAGAAACAUAAUUAGAGACUGCUUCAGACAACUUCACAGAUAUCAGAGGUACUGCAGUUCAGUAUCUUAGCAGUAUCUUAGUCAAUUUCAGUAUCAAUAUAAGGACGCGAUACAACGAUACUUGUUCACUUUUAAUUAUCUCCGAUUUAUGAAUUUGAAGCCAGUUAUUACAUAUUUCUCUAAUGCUUAUACAGCAUAAGUUGAAAUGAUCAACAUUCCGAAAUUGAUCAAGCUAAAUACUGUCAGACUUUGAAACCAGUAUUUACAAUAAAUGCUUCACAAAAAUUUACAAAAUUAAGAACAUUGUAAUAAAAAAAUGUAUCAAAGCAUUCAUAAAAAUGUCAUUACCAAAUUAAGUGUUGAGUACUAAAGUGUUUCUACUAACACAAGUGAAAAAAAAAAGUGGACAGAAAAGAUUUGAGAGGCAAUGCUUAUAUCUGUACAAAAUAUCCUGCAGAGGCUAAAGUUCGUUUAAUGAACGAAUACUUUGUGACAAAAAUAAUUUUUGAACGACAGGGAAGGAUGUACUGUUUACAGUGGUUAAUUCCUGUGCUUCUUAUACCAAAACCUGUAAAUCCAGCACUACUUCAGACUCAUGUUAUGUUUAUGGUACUGUAUCUAAUAGGAUUUUUUUUGGAGCGAAAACCAUGUACAAUUUGCAGCAUAGUUUUUCUUGCUGCUGUUCCGCGAGAAGAUUUGUGA